GGUCACAUGCAAACGCUGCGAAAGAGGUGUAAAGCAAAAACGAAGAGAACGCAGCGCAGCCGAAAAAAAAUUUGAAGCAGCACUGCACGCGUUAUAUUUCUAUUUUCAAAAGUUUGUAGCUACAUUGAAAGUGAUUUGCAAGUCGAAAUCAAAGGAUACAAGUGCCGGGCAGCCGAACCUCCGCAAAAGCAAGCGAAAAGACUGAUUACAAAGUAGUUGAAGCAUCCAGCAGAAGGAAUUGUUAAAAGGAGAGGAGAGGAUAAAAUUCAAGAAUUUAUUCAUCUGCAACCGAGAACUGUCACUGACACCGUCACGAACCCCCGUCACCCCGAAAGGCAACCACAACAAGAAGAAGCGGGAAACGGGAACACAGCAAACUGCAUUCGGCUAGAACAAGCCGUGCGUGAGAGUGCUGGAGGAGGAGCAGUCGGGAAGGACAUCAGAAUAAGUGGAUAAGCCCAAGCACUGCUUCACUAGUGGUACCAUCAGGAGCAGCAGCAUGGAAGAUCUAUUGGUGGAAGUUCGGCUCGAAAAUGGCGCCUACUACAAGGGCCAUGUGACAGCUGUGGCCGAUGAUGGCAUCUUUGUGGAUGUGGAUGGCGUGACCGAAGUGAGGAAGUAUCCGUUUGUGAGCGUACGCCUGCCGCCAGAGGAGACCGUUGAGGUGGCGGCGCCCACCUUUGAGGAGGGCAUGGAGGUGGAGGUGUUUACGCGCACAAAUGAGCGCGAGACCUGCGGCUGGUGGGUGGCCAUCAUCAAAAUGCUCAAAGCGGACAUCUGUGCAGUGGCCUACAUUGGUUUCGAGACGCCCUACACCGAGAUCUGUGAACUGGGACGACUGCGCGCCAAAAACUCAAAUCCCCCAAUCACAGCCAAGUCGUUCUACCAAUUCACGCUGCCCGUGCCCGAAGAGUUGCGCGAAGAAGCCCAGAAGGAUGGCAUACACAAGGAGUUUCAGCGCACAAUCGAUGCUGGCGUCUGCAACUACAACCGCGACCUAACCGCCCUGAUUGUACUUUCAAAAUGGGAGCACACUCAGAAGCGCGCCAGCAUGCUCAAGGAUAUGCAUUUUCGUAAUCUCUCACAGAAGGUUAUGCUCUUGAAAAGGACUGAAGAAGCUGCACGUCAGCUCGAAACGACUAAACUGAUGAGCCGUGGAAAUUAUGUUGAGGAAUUCCGAGUGCGCGACGAUCUCAUGGGCCUGGCCAUUGGUUCGCAUGGCUCGAAUAUACAGGCGGCACGCACGCUGGUCGGCGUCACCAAUAUCGAGCUGGAGGAGAAGUCCUGCACAUUUAAGAUCAGUGGCGAGACCGAGGAGUCAGUGCAGCGGGCACGCGCCAUGCUCGAGUAUGCCGAGGAGUUCUUUCAGGUGCCCAGGGAGCUGGUGGGCAAGGUAAUCGGCAAGAAUGGUCGCAUCAUACAGGAGAUUGUGGACAAGAGCGGCGUGUUUCGAAUCAAGGUGAGUGCUAUCGCUGGCGAUGACGAACAGGAUCAGAACAUCCCACGUGCGCCGGCGCAUGUACCCUUUGUGUUCAUUGGCACCGUGGAGAGCAUUGCGAAUGCCAAAGUGCUGCUGGAGUAUCAUCUGUCGCAUCUGAAGGAAGUGGAACAGCUGCGCCAGGAGAAAAUGGAAAUCGAUCAGCAGCUGCGAGCCAUACAGGAAUCCUCCAUGGGCUCCACAACAAGCUUCCCCGUCUCAAGGCGCUCCGAGCGCGGCUACAGCAGCGAUAUUGAGUCGGUGCGCUCGAUGCGCGGCGGUGGUGGCGGCCAGCGCGGUCGAGGACGUGGACGCGGUGGCGGCGGUCCGGGUGGCAAUGGCGGCCUCAACCAGCGUUAUCACAACAAUCGACGCGACGAGGACGACUACAACUCCCGCGGUGACCAUCAGCGCGACCAGCGAGGCUACAACAACGAUCGUGGUGGCAGCGCCGGUGAGGGCACUGGCAAUUAUCGUGGCGCCGGCAACAACCGUCGCGGCGGUGGCAUCAACCGCCGGCCGCCACGCAACGAGCAGCAGAAUGGCAGAGACUAUCAGCACCACAAUCACACCGAGGAGGUGCGAGAGACGCGCGAAGUGAGCAGCGUGGAGCGGGCAGACAGCAACUCGUCGUAUGAGGGCAGCUCGAGGAGGCGCAGAAAGCAGAAGAGCAACAAUGGUCCCAGCAACACAAACGGUGCGGUGGCCAACAACAGCGUCAAACCACAGCAGCAGCAGCAGCAGGCGCAACAGCUGCCACAGCAGACUCCGGCGCAGCCGGGCAAGGCGUCGCUGAAUGCCGCCGGGGAAAACAGCAAACAGAGCAGCAUUGGCAAUGCGAACACGGCCAGCGGUACGAGCAAGCCCAAGGAUCCAUCGCGUAAUAGCGACAAACAGCAGGCGGGCACACAGCCGCAGCAGCAGGUGCCGCAGCAGCAACCAUCGCAGCCCCAGGCAGCGCAGCAGUUGCAGCAGCAGCAGCAAAUAGCGCCACUGCAGCAGCAGUCCAAACCUCGCCGCAACAACAAAAACCGCAGCAACAAUCACACGGAUCAGCAGGUCGGCCCACAGCAGCAGCAACAGCAGCUGACGGAGAACAUCAAGAAGGAAGGUCUGGUCAAUGGCACGUCCUAGGCGGAGAAAUGGAAAAUCACGAACAACACACAAAUGGCACAUCGUUCGCGUAACCGAAACGAUGCUGAAAGCGCAGCGGGGCAGAGGAAUAAAUAUUCAUGUUUAUAUCGUUAAAGUCGUCGCCGCCUUCUCAUUACCGAACAACCGCAACAACAACAGACACUGAAACAACAACAAAAAGAACAAGAACAAUCACAAAAACAACAUCCAUUAGGCAAACAAGAUCCGCUACUAACAUGUUCGAGAAGAGAAACUAAAUGAGUAACUAAAAAAGGAAAUCAUAAAUUAAAUAUACAUGAGAUAUGUAAUAAUUGUAACAGCAUAUACUAACACACACACAUAAACACCCACACAUACAUACAAACCCCACACACACACAGUUCGAAUUAUACACAAAAGAAUUACUAAAUAAAAUUCAUGGCUAGGCUUAUAAUUUAAAUUGAAAGUUUUUACUUUCAACAAUCAAAAAUGAAAAAUGAAUUAUAUUUAUGUACGAAAAUAUUCAACAAAUUCAAAAGCAAUUGUAAUCAUGCGAAACGAAUUGAAUCGAAUCGAGACAAAAGGCAAAUUUAAUCAUGUAACUAAAACUUAAACUCUAAUCCAGGCAAUUAGCGUAGUUUUUGCAAAAGGAAAAACAAAUCCAUUGAAAGCCGGCGGAGAUUGUGCUUCUAAAGCGCCCCACUCACGUCUGCUUGAAAAGUCUCUAGUUGUAUGCAUAUUGUAAUUGUUAAGAAGGAGAACAAUAUAAUUGCAAUUUUCUGUUUUCAGUUAAAUUAUUAUGUUAAGUUCAUUCUGUUUUUUGUGUAUAAUUCGUGCGAUCAAACCACUAAAUCGCCCAGAUGUUUUUUUCAUUUUUUUUUAAACAUAAUUUCUUUGUAUUAUUAUUGUUUAGUUUACAAGUGUAAAUUGCUAUUGCUAACCAGCGAACGAACCACCCUCCAAGCAAAGAAGCGAAUUUGGAGGCGAGUGCUUGCAAGAAAAGUGUUUUGAAUUGUGCUUUUGCAGCGUUUUAUUGUUUCCUUUUGUGCGUUACAACAUAGAAAAAUCCUCUCUUAUUUGUAUAAUGUUGUAUUUAUUCACUAUUAUUAACAUACACACAUACACACACUCACGAAUAUACAUACACUCAUGCACGCGCUCGCUCGCUCAUGCAAAAGAACAUUUUGAGAGAUAAUGCAUUGAAUUUUGAUUUUGUUUUAUGAAUAUACAUACUUAUAAUUUAGUUGCCAAACCUACAACGCGUAUACUAACUUAGUCCUCUAUUGAAUACUCUUAAAUUAUUUAAACACCAAGCAACCACAACCACAAAAACAGCGCCGAACAUUAAACACAAUCUACAUGAAGUGGCAAAACAUACGAAAUAGGAGCCACCAAAAUAAUUUAAAUUGGUUGAAGCAAAAACAGCAAGCAACCAGCAAAAAUAAAUGUAAAGCAAAACACAGAAAACAUAAACAUAAACUAGAAUGCAAACCCAUCUAAGAAGAAAAAGCAAAAAACAACCGGAAAAUAUAAGCAGAAGCAGAAACGAAACAGAAGAAUGGAAUUGUUCCAUUUAUUUGAGGAACAGUGUCAAUAAUAUGUAAGAAAAUCAAAAAAACAAAACAUUUUAACAUUCAUCUGAAGAAGGAGAUAAUGGUUAACAUAACGGUACAGAUAAAGAUAAAGCUAAUGCUAAAUAAAAAGUAAUGUUGUGUAAUUCAGAUUAAAUACGAGUAAAAAACAAACAAAA